AUGAGGAAAUCUAUUUAUGAAAUUGUAGUUCAUUUUCCAAAAUGUAAAGGGGAGAUAGAAGAAAAACCCCAAAAAAUUACUGAUUAUUCAAAUCCAGGUACUUGGGCAAAGUUAUGUAUUGAUAACUCUCCUAACUCUAAAUUAAGUCAUUUAAAUGUUCAUAAUCGUAAUCCACAAGAUAUAUGUAACCAAGUAAUGGAAUACUUAGCAUAUGUAAAUGGGGGUACUAAGGAAAGUUUAAAUGAAUUUGGUUGUGAAUAUCUCUAUUAUUGGAUAUAUGAACUACUACAUCACAAGGAUAACAUAGAUAUAACUGUCCAAGUCGAUGAAGUUUACGAUGAACUACUAAAUAUAUUUAUUAAAGGCUACAAAACUUAUUUUAAUGGUGAGAUAAAAAUAUCCAGAUGCCUUAAGAAUGGGAUUAAAGAAAUUGAUUUCCCAAAAAUCAGAGCUAUAUAUGAUAUGUACAAUAAAAUAAUUAUACACACAUAUAAUACGAAUAAUAUUUUUCAAGAUGUGGUAGACAUAAUGAAUAAACACAAUAAACAAAUAGAAUCUGUAUAUGAUGAAAUUAGUAAAUCUCUAAUAACAACUCCUUGUAAAAGUAACAUUGCAUCUCCCAUUAUGAUUACAAUUUUAGUAACAUUCUCAGAAUGUGGUUUAUGGAUACGACGUGCUAUAGCAUGGAAAAGAAAUCAUUUGGAUAACAUAGAUGAAGAAAGAAAUAUAUAUCAAGAGACCGAAAUAUCUAGUAGCUUGUUAAGAGAUAGUAGAUAUAAUAUAACAUACAAUUAUCUAUAA